CCCUCUACACGCCGACCCUUCCGUCGCGUUCUUCUCUGAAAAGUGCUCGAUUGAGCAUCCACCAAGCCAGCACUUUGAGUCUGACACCUGGUCCUGAGCGACUCGUGGUCUUCCAGCGCUACCAUUAGGGCCUGAAGACAUGUGGCAUCCAGUGGCAUCACCUGGAAGUGGGGGCAGCCCUGGAAGGGAAAUAGGUUAUGGUCACUACUCUACAGGGCCGAUGAGUACAGCCCACACCCACCCCCCUUCGAUGGGCAGCAUGGUGGGUCACCCAUCAGUCAUCAGCACCUCCAGGCCCUUACCGUCCCCCAUGUCCACCUUGGGCUCACCAAUGAACGGCCUGGCCUCUCCCUAUCCAGUUAUUACAUCUUCCCUGGGCUCGCCCUCUGUAUCGCUGCAGUCUACUCCCAACAUGAACUUUGGACCACUCAGCAGUCCACAGAUGAACUCUAUGAACAGUGUUAGCAGCUCAGAGGACAUCAAGCCUCCGCCGGGCCUACAGAAUCUGGGAAACAUCAACUACCAAUGUACGAGCCCGGGAGGGAUGUCAAAGCACAUCUGUGCCAUUUGUGGGGACCGCUCCUCAGGAAAGCACUAUGGUGUAUACAGCUGUGAGGGAUGUAAAGGUUUCUUCAAGAGGACCGUGCGCAAAGAUCUCAGCUACACUUGUCGAGAUAACAAGGAGUGCCUGAUUGACAAGCGCCAGCGAAACCGCUGCCAAUACUGCCGCUACCAGAAGUGCCUGGCCAUGGGCAUGAAAAGAGAAGCGGUGCAGGAAGAGAGGCAGCGUGGGAAAGAGCGGGGUGAGAAUGAGGUAGAAUCCACCAGCAGUUUCAAUGAGGACAUGCCUGUGGACAAGAUCCUAGAUGCUGAGUUGGCUGUAGAACCCAAAACAGAGACGUACAGCGACGGCAGCCCUGGGAACUCGACCAAUGACCCUGUCACCAAUAUCUGCCAAGCAGCAGACAAACAGCUUUUCACCUUGGUGGAGUGGGCGAAAAGGAUCCCGCACUUCUCCGAGCUCCCCCUCGAUGACCAGGUCAUCUUACUACGAGCAGGCUGGAAUGAGCUACUAAUUGCAUCAUUCUCGCAUCGCUCGGUCACGGUAAAAGACGGUAUCCUGCUGGCAACAGGUCUUCACGUCCACAGAAGCAGCGCCCACAGUGCUGGAGUUGGCUCCAUCUUUGACAGAGUACUCACAGAGUUAGUGUCUAAAAUGAAAGAUAUGCAGAUGGAUAAGACGGAGCUCGGCUGCUUGCGAGCAAUUGUCCUCUUCAAUCCAGAUGCAAAAGGUUUGUCUAACCCAUCAGAGGUUGAGGGGCUGAGAGAAAAGGUCUAUGCUUCAUUGGAGUCGUAUACGAAACAGAAGUACCCGGACCAGCCUGGCAGGUUUGCCAAACUGCUGCUGCGCCUGCCUGCCCUGCGCUCCAUCGGCCUCAAAUGUUUGGAGCAUCUGUUCUUCUUCAAGCUAAUUGGGGACACGCCUAUUGACACCUUUUUGAUGGAGAUGCUGGAGGCUCCGCAUCAGAUCACAUGACACACGUCUUCCCCUUUCCCUUGUACAUACUCCCGCAUCAUGAGCAAUAUGAUGAUGGAAUUAAAAAGACUUGAUUGAAAUGUAAAACAGCUUAUUUUGUACCCAUUUAAAAAAAAAAAUGCGAUUAAAAUGUUUUAAAAAAAUGUGGUUGUGGGGAUGGUGGAGUCAUAACACGAUAAAUUCCAAUAAAAUUGGUUUGGAAUUUUGUAAAUAGCUAAUUUCAGGUGUUUGUUUCAAAAGCCACCCAAUGCAAUUUGAAAAAAAAAUCAUAUUUUAUUCAAAGCGGAAUUGUAUAAAACAAAAACCAUCCCUGCAUUUCUUAAUCGUGUCUGAGAAUUCUUACAGAAUAAAGUUAUUUAAAAAUGU